UAUCAUCGCAAGACCCAUAGCUUGAUGAUCUUGGGACGAAAGAAGAAUUGGAUCUUCCCAUCGGUCACUCGGAGCUACUCAUCUCUGCGAAGCGCCCUCGUCCAGGGCCUGCUCGAUCGUGCAGAGGCAGCGCAAGAUCACGACGAGCGCUGCGAUCUCCUGGCCAGCGCGAUCCGGGAAUGCGGCACCAACACAAAUGCCCACGAUGCCAAUCUCCUCCACCAGCGCAUCCUCGCGAUCGGCCUCGGCCGCGAGAGACUUCUCACAAAUCUUACCAUAGAAAUGUAUGGCAAGCUCGGGGAUCUCUCGCGAGCGAUGGCGGCGUUCCAAUCCAUUGCCAAUCCAAACGCUUUCUCGUGGACGAUUCUCGUGGUAGCAUUUGCCCAGAAUGGGCAUUUUCUCGAGGCACUGUUCUUCUUCCGGAAGAUGGAGCUGCAAGGGAUCAAGCCCACGAUCUUCACCUGCGCGGCGGUGAUCGGCAUCGCCGCGAGCUCGCGAGACCUCGCGCUGGGGCGAUGGAUGCACGCCAGGAUCGUCCACCAGGGCCUCCGGAUCAACGCCGUGGUGGAGAACAGCCUCGUCAACAUGUACGCGCGAUGCGGCAGCCUCGGCGACGCGAUGGAGGUCUUCGAUGCCAUGCUCGAUCGCGGCGUGAUCGCGUGGACGUCGCUCAUCGCGGGGUUCGUCCAGCGCGGGGAUCACGCCCGCGCGCUAGGGCUCUUCCGGGCUAUGGCGCUCGAAGGAGUCAUGCCAAACGAUAUCACGUUUAGCUCGGUGCUAGAUGCGUGCUCCGGCGCUGGCGAUCUCGCCCAGGGCAGGAUCGCGCACGCCCAGAUCCUCGAAUUCGCCGCUGGAGCGAUCGAUCCCGCCACUGGCGCCGAGAUCGUGGCCAUGUAUGGGCGAUGCGGUAGCUUGGGCGAUGCCGAGCGCGCCUUCCAGACGAUCGAUCGCCCCGAUCUCGGUCUCUACAACGCGAUGAUCACGGUCUACGCCCAGACCGGCCGCGGCGAUCGCGCGCUGGAGCUGAUCCAGCAAAUGCGCGCACGCGAGAUCGUUCCCGACGAAGGGAGCUUCGCUAGGGUUCUUAGCUCGCUCCACGACCGCGCCACGCUGGAGCGCGGCCGCGCGAUCUAUCUGGAGCUCGCGGCGGCGGGAUCACCGCUGGGAGUGGUGCUCCAGACCUCGAUCGUGAAGAUGUAUCUCAACGCCGGGUGGAUCGACGAGGCGGCGGAGAUCUUCUCGCGGAUGGAGUCGCGGGACAUGUUCUCGUGGACAGUGAUGAUCACAGCGCUCACGGAGAGGGGGCGGGGAAGAGAAGCGCUGGAUCUCUUUCGCCACACGCGGCUCGAGGGCCUGGAUCUCAAUCGCGUCGCGCUGAUCAGCGCGCUGGACGCGUGCGCGAGCCUGGGAUCGAUCAAGGAGGGCGCGCACAUCCACCAGGAGAUGAUCGCGGCGCUGGGGAUCAGUCCGGACGCGGUGCUUGGAUCCGUGCUUGUCAAUCUCUACGGCAAAUGCGGGAGCCUCGCGGUCGCGAGCGAGAUCUUCGCGGCCAUCCCGCGCAAGGACGUGGUGUGCUGGAACGCCAUGGCGGGAGCUUACGCGCACCACGGCCGCCACGCCGCCGCCGUGGAGAUCCUCCGCGCCGCCGCCUUGGACGCCAUAGCGCUCUCCCAGGUGAGCUUCCAGUGCCUCUUCUACUCGUGCAGCCACCAGGGCCGCCUCCGCGAGGCGCGCGAGAAUUUCCACUCGAUGAUCGGCGAUCACGGCGUGGAUCCAAGCGACGAGCACUUUCGAUGCAUGGUGGAUCUCCUGGCGCGCGCUGGGAAGAUCGAUCGCGCGGAGGAGCUCAUCGCCGCCAUGCCCUACGAGCCGGUGGAGGUGGCGUGGACGAUGAUCCUGGGCGCGUGUAGGGUUCAUAUGGACGUCGUACGGGCCAACCGCGUGGCCGCCAUGGCGCUCGGCCAGCCAUGUACGGACGUGGAAUCUCCCUACAUUCUCCUCUCGAAUAUGCUCUCGGAUGAACAGGAGCUGGCGCUUUAAAUCUUCUUCCUUGUUCUUGCGCGUGGGGAUGGAUUGUUAGGGUUUGUGGAUCCGGGGCGGAUGAACGAAUGCGGCGGCGCCGGCGGCGGCGCCAGCGCCAGCGCCAUGGCGGAGAUUUCACCAUUGCGAUCGCUGCUGCUGUGGAAGAGGCCAGGGUUAUCGGCGCUGGUGCUCGCUUGCGGCAGCCUCCUGUAUUACCACUGCACGGCCAGGAAUUGCAGCCUCGUGUCGCUGGCCUGCGACGUUGUCAUCGUUCUGGUCUCGUCGCUCGCGAUUCUGGGCCUGGCGUUCCGGAAUUUCAACAUCGCGUAAUUUUUCUUUGCGAUGAUACAAAUCACUUUGGCUACUCCUCGCACGAUUGUUUGUCUCCUUUUCUUAGAGCUUGAAGAACUCAUCGUUUUCUCUUCCAGGGUCCCGGUCGAUCCUCUCGAGUGGCAAGUCUCGCAAGAGUGUGCAACCUCCAUCGCGGCAUGCAUUGCCAAUACGGUUGGCGCUACUGAGGGAGUCCUCCGAGUGGCAGCUAGUGGCUCCGAUUACAAGCUUUUCUUCAAGGUUGUGGUUUUCUUGUACUUGGCAGCUGCUGUUGGAAGAGCAGCCUCGGGAGCCACAGUCACAUACAUAGCGUUCGUGGCAGCUUUCAUCGUACCGCUACUAGUUCACAAGCUCAAACCAAAGGUUUUCUCCCAGCGACGAGACUAGCUUGCGGGAAGCUUUUUCUAUCAGCCUCUUAACUGCCUCAGGCUCAGGGGAUUUACAUCGUUCCCGGCAAAGAACUUCCAUCACAAUCGUCCCGGCGGGAGUUCUCUAUACAGAUCACUGUGUUAGUUUACAGGAGAAGGAAAAAUUUGGGUGUCUAUCCCAUUCUGGAUCCAGGAGGAGACUGGAUUGGCGACGCAGCAGGCAGUUUCAUUCCUGGAGGACUGCCGAUGGCGGCUUUUGGUUCUGCUGGUGAGGCCGCUUGUGACUUCUUGAUCACUGCCAAGCGCUGUUUGUGGACGUCGCUAGCUACCUGCAAAUCUCCAUCUUGUUAAUACACUGAAAAAACGAAGAUUGCGCUUA